AUGAGCGUGCGUCCAUGUGAUACUUGCAUUACGUCCAGGGUGGACAGUGCUGUUUGCCACCAGGCCGCACUCUUGCACCGCGGUUUCCGAGGUCACGACAGGCAGUUUGGUGCACCUUCCCGUCCGCGCCUUCCUCUCCGCAAUUCCUUCCAGUCCGCGCCUUCCACCGCCGCGCUGCCUUCCUUCUCCGCACCUUCCGCAACGCGGUUCCUUCCCGUCCGCGCCUUCCGCGUUGCUCUUGCUCCGCGUCCGCGCCUUCCGCGCUGCUCUUGCUUCUUGUCAGCGCCUUCCGCGCAGCUAUUGCUUUCGCGUCCGCGCGUUCCGCGCUGCUCUUGCUUCCCGUCAGCGCCCUCCGCGGUGCUCUUGCUUCGCGUCCGCGCCUUCCGCGCUGCUCGUGCUUCCCGUCCGCGCCUUCCGCGCUGCUAUUGCUUCCCGUCCGCACCUUACGCGCUGCGAUUCCUUCCCGUCAGCGCCUUCCGCGCUGAGAUUCCUUGCCGUCCUCGCCUUCCGCAAUGCGAUUCCUUCUCGUCCACGCCUUCGCUCUCUCUCCUCUCCCGUCCGUUCGUUCCCUUCCUGGAGUUCCCUCGCGUGCCCCUCCCGUCCGCGCGUUCCCGUCCGUGCCUUCCUAGCCAACCCUAUCCGGUGAGAGGCUUUCCGCUGAUCGUCUCUGUUUACACUACCAUUCUCAAUCGGGGGUCCGAAGAAAGCCGCGCAGAUCCCGGCAGCAGCGGCGGCGGCGGCGGCGGAGCAGCAUGGACGCCGUUCCGGCGGGACCUGGUGGUGCUGGGCGCGGCGUUCCUCGCGCUCUUCGCGGCGUACAGCGCCAUUCAGAACCUCGAGACGUCGCUGCACCCGCGCGCCGGCAUGGGCGCCGUGUCCCUCGCCGUGAUCUACGGCGGGAUCGUCGUGUUCGCGCCGAUCGCGCCCGCCGUGAUCCGUUACUUGCGGCCGCAGGGCGCGAUGCUGGUGGGCAUGUCGGGGUACUGCGCGUACAUCGCCGCCAACGCCGUCGACUCCAGCGCGCAGCUGGCUGCUGCUGCUGUGCGCGGGGUACCUGGGCGCGAGCGCGUCCGUGCUGUGGGUGGCGCAGGGGCUGUAGUGGGCAACGUUGUCACGUUCCUCGUCUGCCAGCUCAUGGCUCUCCUCUUCCCCCCCGCGCCCUCCGCGCCCUCUGCGCCCUCUGCGCUUGCUACUCCCGCUGCUCCUUCCCCUGAGAGUCUACCUCCCGCUACAGUCACAGUGCUGAUAGUCACGUUCCUGCUGUUCCUCGCGCUGGCCGCGGCGCUGACGUGGCGGCUGACGGACCUCUCGGAGGACCACCCCCUCUGCUGCCCCGCGCCUGCGCCUCUUGUGGAUGGUGCGCUGGUUGGGGAAGGGAUAGGCGUCACUACGGGGGAAGACGAGGAGGAGGGGGGUGAGAGGGGGGACGAGGGGGAAGGGAAGGCUUUGCUGGGAAGCGAAGUGGUGGCAGGGCGAUCAGAGGAGUGGGGGGCGGUGGAGGAGUCAGGGCCGGCAGGAGGGGCAGGGGACGGUGCGGGCAGCAGGCGUUCUCACUACCCCACCUUUGCCCAAUGCGGGCUUCUCUGUUGCCUCUCAUGCAGCGUCCUCCUCUCACUCCGUCACUUCCUGUCUCAUAGUGCAUCCACCUCCGCCCACGCUUCCCCACUUCCUCCCCACGUCCUGUUUCCCUCCCUCUCCAAAUCCAUCAGGGCGGACUUCACGCUGUACGUGGUGCGGCCAGCGCUGGGAGUGGCAUGGAUCGGGGGGGUCAUGUCCGUGUUUGGCGUCGCCAACAGCCUCGCGUGCAUGGCAGCGGCGCGCCUGUCAUCGGGGCUGCACUCCAUCCUCGCCACGCUGCUCGUUGGUGCUGCCUGCCAGAUCGCAGUGCUGCUCUGUCUCAUGCUCUUCACGCCCUUCACUGCUCCCUCGUGGGUGGCGUUCACAGUGGUGCUGGUGCAGGCAGUGCUGUGGGGGAUGGGGGAUGCCGCCUUCCAGUCACAGAUCAACGCACUGCUGCCGCUCGUCUUCCCUCGAGACAUGGACGCCUCGUUUGCGCACAUGAAGAUGUGGACCAGUGCCGCCUCCUCCCUCAUGUUCCUCCUCAGCCCGCACCUCUCCAUGCCCGCCAAAGCAGCCUUCCUCACCGCCUCCUGUGCCGUCUCCCUGCCUCUCAUGCUCGCUGUCGUGCACGUAGCGUAA